AAAAAGCUUGUCAACACCAACAAGAAAGAAAAACUCCAUUGAAGGUUCACGUGGACGUGAGGACUGCAAAUAAGACAAGAAGAUGACCCAGUUAGACGCUGUGAUAAAACCCAAGACAAAGCGCUCGAAGCGCUUCUUGGAGAGCAGAGCGCCCAAACUGUCGGAAGAUUUGAAGAGUGCCAUGAUUAUGAAAGGAGGGAACACGAGUCAGACCGUCACCCAGGCCCUCAAGGAUAUAUAUUCCCUGAAGAAACCCAAUGCUGUGCUGUACAAGAAGAAGAACAUUACUCGACCGUUUGAGGACUCGACAUCGCUGGAGUUUUUUUCCAAGAAGACGGACUGCUCUCUGUUCCUGUUUGGCUCCCACAAUAAGAAACGGCCCAACAACCUCAUAUUUGGCCGUCUGUUUGACUUCCACGUGCUGGAUAUGAUUGAACUUGGAAUUGAGAAGUAUGUCUCUCUGAGCGACAUUAAGGGCGGUAAAUGUCCUGAAGGAACCAAACCGAUGCUGGUGUUUGCAGGAGAGGCUUUUGAUACAGAUAACGAGCACAAGCGUCUGAAGAGUCUGCUUAUAGACUUCUUCAGAGGUCCCACUGUGCCCGCGGUGCGUCUGGCAGGUUUAGAACACGUUCUGCACUUCACUGCCAUCGAUGGGAAGAUCUACAUGCGCAGCUACAGGUGCCUGUUGAAGAAAUCCGGCUGCCGGACACCGCGCAUCGAGCUGGACGAGAUCGGACCGUCAUUUGACUUUGUUCUAAGAAGAACACAUCUGGCUUCAGAUGAUCUGUACAAGCUGGCUCAUAAACAGCCCAAAGCCCUGAAGCCCAAGAAGAAGAAGAACAUUUCUCACGAUGUCUUUGGCACCAAGUUGGGCCGCGUGCACAUGCAGAAACAGGAUCUGUCCAAGCUGCAGACACGGAAGAUGAAGGGUCUAAGGAAAAGGAGGGGCGAGGUGGUUGCGGAGGAGCAGGGGGGACAGCCAUCCAAGGUUGCCAAAGUAGAGAGCUGAGGCAGCCUUUGGCCACCUGUGGAUACACCUUCAUGUUUAUCACUUCAAAGACUGACCCAUGUGUCUGUCACUGCCAGCGUUUCCUGUCGAGGACUUGGCAUGUGAGCAGAGGGGAUCUGUUGUUCCUGGUUUACCUUUUUUUUUUUUUUU